AACCGCGGGAGUUGUGAAUUUCGCGGCAAGCACUUUGGCGCUAAAAACAGCAACUCCGAGAUCAGCUGGUGGGUCUGAACUAGGGCAAGAGGAAUACGGAGAGCUAAGCGACUUCCAGUCAAAAUCCGAUCCAUCCUACAACAAUAGCAGCUCUGUCGAGUUUGUAAAACCCGCGAGGGCUUAGAAUAGACCCUACAGAGUCUGCUGAUGUAUAUAUUGCCGAGGAGCAGAAUACAUUUAUAAAGAAAAUAUCGAUUGAAAGUUGACUUGCUUCCUUUGUCUUUACUGACGUCCCGGACUGAUGUCAGGAGAUAAGCUGUUCGUCAGUGGAGGCUCCGACGCCAGUGGCGAUCGUUAUAAACGUGAACACUAACACGAAGUCUUGCUAGUUUUGUUGCGUAUACUGGCAUUUUAAAGGUGAACAAAUCCGACUAUCUGAAGAUCUUUAAAUCCCGGUAAAACGUAUUGAUACGCACUGGGAUUGGGUUUGUCGCCCUCCUCCUCCAUUUAUGCACACCUAUUAAUUAGCAAACUGCGGCAAAAGAGGAACUGCGCACUCCAGGAUGAUACGGAUACCUAAGGGGGUCUCGCCUGCAGGCAGCGGCCCUACACUCGGAGCAGCAACGGCGGCGGCCCACGCGAAGAUUGGAAGCGAUGCCAAGGCGGAGCUGUGCAGUCCGGAGUUGCAAACUGUGGCAAGCGGCUUCUUUACUCAGCUUGGAAGCAUGUCCGGCUGUGAGGCACGGCUAGCCUGUCUGUACGCGACGCCACACGGGCCAGAAAACAAAGCAGCUCGCUGCCCCUCCGGGAGACUGCCGGCCAAAAGAAAACUAAAUUUGGAAGGCAGUGACCCACAAUAUCUACCAGAUUUCCGCACCCCAAAAGGAAAAACCAAGACUACAACCCGGCUUUCAAGCCCUAAAACUCCAAAGUCCCCUGGAGAGCGGACACGCUACGACACUUCAUUAGGAUUGCUCACAAAGAAGUUUGUUGGCUUGCUGGGGGAAUCGUCUGAUGGAGUGCUCGAUUUGAACAGGGCUGCAGAGGUUCUUGAAGUGCAGAAGCGCAGAAUCUAUGACAUUACCAAUGUUUUAGAAGGGAUUCAGCUGAUCCGUAAGAAAUCCAAGAACAACAUCCAGUGGGUGGUUGGUGGAGUUUUUGAAGGAUCAGCACUCUCUGAGAAGCAGCGCAAUCUGCAUAAAGAACUGAGAGAUCUGGAGAGAGCUGAAAAGUCCCUAGAUGACAUGAUCCAGUGUAGUACUUCUCAACUGAAGGAAAUGACAGAGGAUGAGCACAACCAACGAUUAGCUUAUGUUACCUACCAUGACAUCCGCUCCAUCAAAAGUCUCCAGGAUAAGACCGUAAUUGCCAUUAAAGCACCUUCAGAAACUAAACUGGAAGUCCCAGAAUCAUCUGGGGAUUCACUACAGAUCUACUUGAAAAGUAAAAAUGGACCCAUUGAAGUAUACUUAUGCCCGGAAGAGAUUCCAGUAGAUAGCAGUCCAGUGAAAACCAAUAGUCCUAUUAAAGAAGAAGGAUCAGAGACACCAAUUGGUGUCCCCACAGUGGUGAAACAAGAACCAGUUGAAGUACCUACACAACCUCUACCUGCGGCCCCCUGCCCCACCCUGGAUGUGGCUGGAAUUCUGGACCUGCCCCCCAGUCUGCUUCAGCUGACCGAAGACCAACUUCCUCCUGCUAACUUUUCAGACUCUACUCCUUUUGUCAGCUUCUCUCCUCCUCUUGACCAUGACGACUACCUGUGGGGCCUCGAUAAUGGUGAAGGGCUUUUUGACACCUAUGAUUUAGGUGACUUUCUGAAGAACUGAAAGAGCCCCUUUUUAACUAUGUAAUCUUUGCCUCAUUUUAUCAUUCGUCACACAAGUGAAUGCAACACACAAAAUUCACUUUCAUUCAGCUGCAAACCUGUGCUACUUGGUUCUGGUACAGUAGUUCAGUCCACUGUUUGCAGAAGUUAUAAUUCAGCAAUACAAAAGAACAAUGGACAGCAAGAAUGAAGGUGCACCUCUCAUCCACCUACAACAUGAUAUAAUGUUGUAAUCUCAGUUCAGCACGAAAACUGGAUUGAAGGAUUUGGAUAUCGAAGAACUUCACCUAGAGACGCUUUAAAGAGUGACAAAUAACUAUUCAUCCUGUCGAUGAAGGUUUGUGUAGUGACAAUUUAAAGAUAUGAUCAUUUGUAAGGAAUUUGUUCCUUUAUUUUAUUUUUUUUGCAAUGACCUGGAGAUCAUGUGGCCAGUUUUUACAAACCUAGAGUUUGUAAUGUUUACAGAAAUGACCAAUUCAUUCAUCCUAGGAAAUGUUCCUUUGAUUUUUUUUUUUUCUUCACUGUAUUUGGUAAUGCCAAAAUAUCUUCUCGUCUAAUGGAUGCAAAUUUUUGAUACAACCAUUAAAUUAAACAGUUUACAAAAGACUCCAAAUUAUGUUUAGGAGCACAGUUUUUUUUUUUUUUUUUUUGGUUCCCAGUUCAUUUUGAGCGCCAAGAUAUAGAGUUCAUUGGCCUUUUUAGUUGUUGUUCUCUGAGCAUGAGUGAAACACAAAAAUGUGUUACUAACUUCAUCACCUUGUGGUAUUCUUCUCGGAAACGUGAGUCUGUGCUGUUGGCUUGUUGUCUUCUAGAUGCACGAGAUGACAGCUUAAGGAGAUCAGUCUUUUUUUUUUUUUUUUUUUUUUUUUUUUUUUAAAUUGCUUAAUGCUUUUCUCACUCUGUACUGUUAUAAAUAGAAGUGAUUUUUAUUAUCCGUUGACUUAUCUGUCAAAGGGUUGAUGACUGAUCUAAAACUUCAGUCCGUUUAAUAAAAUAAGCACUUCUAAUAACUUUUUUUAGGUAGAUUUAUGUUUUUCUCCCCAUUCUAUGUUAUUGAUUUAACUAGUACCUCUUUUUUUUUUUUUUUUAACACACUCAGGAAAAUGUAUUACUUGAAAUGUGGUACUCACGAAGGCCACCAGAUGGUGCUAUUUUCCUUAGCAGGGGUACAGUAUUUGCAUAUGGCUCCCUUUUUUGUUCUUGCUUGCCUGCUGUGUGCCUUUUAUUCAGUUUUCACAAAGUUCAUAAUUGCUUCUGAACAAAACCCGUUGAGAGCUGAACACAUCUUGAAUACUUGGGUUGACAAACCUGUCUUGUUUUGUGUUUUUUUUUUUUUUUUUGAGGUAAUUUUCUAGAAACAUUAAAAUUUUGUGUUUGAAUUUUGCUUCUGUUUUGACCUAAUUUAGAUUUUUUUUGUAUGAUGUAAAUAGGUUUGUUUAUAGAGUUUAGAGGUAUGUGGGUCCAAAAAAAAAAAAAGUGGAUAUCCAUGUAGCUGACCCAAGAAUUUUGUUACAUAUGCAAGAGCAUUUUUGUUGUCGGCUGCCUAGCAGAAACGGCCUUGAAACUGUACUGUCCUAGUGUUGCCCCCAGGUGGGCUUUUUUUUUUUUUUUUUUUUUUAAAUUAAGGUUAAAUGCUGGGGGCACGUUCUGCUCAGUCUGAUCGUUUGGGACAGGUAAACGAAAAGGAGCCUUUUGGUGCAUGCUUCAUUGGAUUGAAGGACUGUCUGCAGCGCUCUCAUAACUGUAAUGGCCUUUUAAUGUGGCAGGCAUUUUAAAACGUCCCUCUUAGGUCUGGUAAGUCUUCUGGGCUUUUCUUUUUCUGCCCACCCCUUUUCUGUAAUAUCUGUGUGUAGAGAAAUGUUAAAUGUUGUGCUUUUCUGCCAAAUGCUUUGUGACUUAUUAGGAUUCCGCAUUGUAUGUCUAUUCAAUAAUGCACUGAUGUUAUUAUUAUAAAGGGAUCUGCAAUUAAGCUUAC